AUGGAAGCCCGGAGAGGGAUUCCACAUCCAACCGUGCCCGAAGCAAGGCGGGUGGUGUCGGCGGAGAGAGACACACAGUUCACCGACCCUGUGGCGUUAACCAGGCGGCAGUGCAGUAGCAGAGUGGACCCAUCUGUGGCCACCCCAGGAAGGGCAACAGGCGAGACCACACCUGGUUCUGUUCAAGCUUGGAGCCUCGCCCCGUGUCCGACCCCGGGAGUUGGGGAUGAGGGGGGGGGGGGAGUCUCCUCCUCCCUCGGGCGCUGGGGGCGGGACGGGACGUUGCCCCCACCUCUCAGCCCGCCGCCCCCACCGUGGGGAAGCUUCGCUCCCCGCAGACUCCCGGGGACCGGAGGCUCCGGCGGGACCCGCUCCCGGACCCGGAGCCCGCGCUGCCAUCAGGCGCGGCGGCGGCCACCUCGGCGUCCCGGGAGGAGGGGCGGGGGGUGGGGUCCUCGCGGCGUUGCUGGGGUGACGGGGCCUAGUGGCGGCCGGCGGCUCCGCGGCCUCGCGUGUGGGAAUGUGGCGGCGGGGCCUCCAGCGGCUGCUGCGGGCCGGGGGGAGCGGGGGAGGGCGGCGCGGCGGCCCGGGAGAGGCGGCAGGUCGUGGGUCGCGGUCAGCGCCGUCAGGGGCACGGUGAUGGUGGAACGCUGGUGGCAGGUUCCCCUCCCCAAGGAGGGCAAACCGGCCAGGCUGCACCCCAGGAGGCAUCGGGUGUACCGGCUGGUGGAGGACACGAAGCACAGCCCCCAGGAGAGGUUGGAGCUCAUCCUAACGCAGACCGUCCCCAAGCUCGGAGAUCGAGGGGACACGGUCUUUGUGAAGAAGGCCAUCGGUCGGAACCGGCUGCUGCCCCAGGGCCUGGCUGUUUACGCCUCACCAGAGAACAAGGCCUUGUUCAAGCAGGAGCGCAGGGUGCUUCAGGAGGGGGGUGCGGAGGAGAGGAGGCAGACACCCAGUGGGGAGAGGACAGUCGAGUUCCUGAAGGGGUCGCGGCUGACGGUGAGGAUGAAGAACAACGUGAAGUGGGAGCUGAGCAGGGACAUCGUCUGCCGCCACUUCCUCAGGGAGCUGCAAGUGUUUGUUCCACCGGCCGCGCUGAGGAUUCCCGAAGCCCCAUCACCCUGGGGCGAGUACUGGUGUGAGGUGAUGGUUAACGGCAUUGACACAGUCCGUGUGCCCAUGUCAGUGGUGAACUUCGAACUCCCCAAGACGAGGAAGUACAAAGAGGGGCUCCGUCGGCAGCAGCUGAGGAAGGAGGGAUCGUCAUCAGAGAAGGAGGAGGAGGAGGAGAGCUGACUGCGGCCUUGGUCUCCGGGGAGUUGGCCCUUUAUAGCAGAGCACCCGCGGGUGCCAAAGGUUUGUGUGUGUGUGGGUUCAGGGCCCUGUAACUGGCUCGGGGUGAGGUGAAGUCCACCUGCCCAGUGUUGCCUGUGAACCAUCAGUGAGGUAUCCUCAGGGAACUGUGCACACAAUAAACGUUUCCUCUCGAGA